AUGUCCACAGUCACACGAUUCGACGUCCCAUCAAUAUUAGCUGGGCUCUGGGAAUCAAUUCUGCGAGCGGUGCCGAAAAAGAAGACAUCACAUAGGAAAAAGCGUCAACGAUUCAUGGCUGGGAAGGCUUUGAAAGAUGUGACUGCCCUGAAUAAGUGCUCGGCUUGUGGUAAUGUCAAGAGAGCGCAUCUGCUGUGUCCGUUUUGCGUCAAUGAGAUCAGAGAUAUGUGGGGUGAGAAGGGAUCCGAAGGGUCUAAAGAGACGACAGCAACGGUGGACGCAUGA